CGCCCAGCCCGCGCGCAGCCCGUGUGGGGGGCGGGCGCUGCCGGGGCCGCCGGCGCUCGGCGGGAUGGGGGCGGCCCUCCUGAGCGGGGGCCGGCGCUGCUCGCGGGUCCCUCCCCGCCGUCGCCCCCGCCGAGCGGCGGCUGCGGGCUGCCCCUGCCCCGGGGGGGGGGACGCGCUCCGCCGCGGGAGAUGGUGACACAUGAAGCGCGCGGGGAGGACCAUGGGAAGGACCAGCAAGUUCUUGCUGAUCGUGGCCGUCUCGGUGUGCUUCAUGCUCAUCCUGUACCAGUACGUGGGGCCGGGGCUGAGCCUGGGCUCGCCCAGCGGCCGCCCCUACUCGGAGGAGCAGGACCUCUUCCCCACGCCCGACCCGCACUACGUGAAGAAGUACUAUUUCCCGGUGCGGGAGCUGGAGCGGGAGCUCGCCUUCGACAUGAAGGGCGAGGAAGUGAUCGUCUUCCUGCACAUCCAGAAGACGGGCGGCACCACCUUCGGACGGCACAUGGUGCAGAACGUGCGGUGGAGUGCCUGCGACUGCCGGCCCGGCCAGAAGAAGUGCACCUGCUACCGCCCCAACCGCAGGGAGACCUGGCUCUUCUCCCGCUUCUCCACCGGCUGGAGCUGCGGGCUGCACGCCGACUGGACCGAGCUCAACAACUGCGUGCGAGUGCUGGAGCGCCGCGAGAGCGCCGCCGCCAAGGCGCCCAGAAAAUUUUACUACAUCACGCUGCUGAGAGACCCCGUAUCUCGUUACCUCAGCGAAUGGCGCCACGUCCAACGAGGAGCUACUUGGAAGACCUCCUUGCACAUGUGUGAUGGCAGGACACCAACUCCUGAAGAGCUGCCAUCGUGUUAUGAAGGCACAGACUGGUCAGGCUGCACGCUGCAGGAGUUCAUGGAUUGCCCGUAUAAUCUGGCCAACAACCGCCAGGUGAGGAUGUUGGCUGACUUGAGCUUAGUUGGCUGCUACAACAUGUCUUUCAUCCCAGAGAACAAGCGAGCACAGAUCCUGCUGGAGAGCGCAAAAAAGAACCUCAAAGACAUGGCCUUCUUCGGCCUGACAGAGUUCCAGAGAAAGACUCAGUACCUGUUUGAGAGAACUUUUAACCUGAAAUUCAUCCGGCCCUUUAUGCAGUACAACAGUACCAGGGCAGGAGGGGUGGAGGUGGACAAUGACACCAUCCGGAGGAUCGAGGAGCUCAAUGACUUGGACAUGCAGCUCUAUGACUAUGCAAAGGACCUCUUCCAACAGCGCUACCAGUACAAACGGCAGCUAGAGAGGAUGGAGCAGAGGAUAAAGAAUCGGGAAGAGAGGCUUCUUCACCGGUCCAACGAAGCACUUCCCAAGGAAGAGACCGAAGAGCAAGGACGCUUGCCCACUGAGGACUACAUGAGCCAUAUUAUAGAGAAGUGGUAGUCUAGGCAGACUUUUAUAUUAAUGAUGUUCUAGGGUUUCCAUAUAAAAGAUCAUGGAAGUAAAAUUACAAAAACAACAAAAAGUAUUUUAUUUAAAAGCAAGUCUGUAAAACAGAAGAUAGAUUGCUUCCUUAAGCAUAGGGUCUUUUUACUGUUUCUUACAAGACCAAUAAGAUUCUUAAAAAAAUAAAUAAAUACAUAAAAAUUUAAAAAGGGUCAACAUUAUAAUGCAGAGGUAAAAAAAUGCACAAAUGCAGUUACCCACUCGUAUGGCCAAAUACAAAAGAAUGUUUCUUAUCCUCGCAAUUCAAACACAAAUGGCAGAUGUAGGAUUUUUUACAACCUAUUUAUCUACUGAGCAUAAUGAUACAAAUAUGCAUCAUUAAAAAGCAAGGAAAUGGAGAUUUUCUUCCGCGGGUGUUUUUGGAGGUGGGAAGGGAAUUGCAUUGCUUGUAAGUAAAUGAUAACAGUGACUAAGUAGAGGAUACGCUGUCCUGUCAGGUGGGAAUCUGAGCACGAGGGCGGUUGCACCGUUUCCAGCAGCCGUUGCCAGAAAGUAGAGCACCAUUAAAAAAAAAAGAAGAACAAAAACAUCAGAGGAUGAGAAACAUUAAUGCAAAUUGACUCUGGCCCAGGAUAUGUACUUAGCACAGCGGUUCUGGUACAUCGCACUGGUAUCCCAUAGGCACACACAACUUCAUCACAAACAUCACAGGGAAUUCAUGCCCCAAGCUCCCAGAUUUCAGGCAGGUCUCAAAACAAGUUAAAAGCCAACUGAGUUCCACAUAGGCUCAAACGUGCACUCACAUGCCAUCCUGUCACCCUACACAACUGCCACUCAUGCCGUCACCAGCAUUAUGUGUUAAGAGCACGUGGAAACCCUGUCCUCCAUACUAUAAAAAAAAAAAAAAGGAAGAAGGCUUGAAAUAGCACUACCCCCUUGUAAAUCUGCAGGAUAAGUUCCAGGGAAAGCCCUGCAAAUACCCAGUCGUUAAUGAGAACGUGAUGAGGGGGUGAUUUUGUUUUGUUUGUUGCUAUGUGAAAUCCUGAACUAGAACAAGCAUACAGACAUGCCCGCAUCUGUGGGGUUUUUCAGUUAUUUUUACUUCCUUUUAUCCAGAGAUAAUGGGCAUCAGCCUGCUUCCAGCGAAGUCAGUACAGCUGAUGUCAGUGGGAAGAGGAUGGGGCUCUCUUCCAGAGCUGUGAAAAUUUCUGACUGUGGGUCUGAAUUAAUUAUGAGACAAUGCACAUUGUCUUUCGGCAGAGUGCCUGUUCUGCAGCUCUUCCUUUAAAUGAACAAGCUCUGUUCAUAAAACUGGAAAGGAAAAUCAUGGAUGAUGUUUUUUUAGUCUCAGACCACUUUCAAAGCAGAACUCUUUCUCUUUCAGUGCUGUUUUUUAGGGGCUCAUGUAGUUUUAAUCCUCUAGUGUGGUGACAGUCUAACCAGGUUGUGCUUACUGACUUUUGAGUCAUAGAACAACAAUGACUUCUCUAAUUCCUCUUCCCACUCACCAAAUUAAAGUAUGGCUUAUUUUCUUGCUGUUGCAAGCACUUCUUUGUUUGGCUGGAAGCGUGGAAAUGAAGCAGUUUCUGCCUGUUUCAUGUCUUACCCCGUUAUUACUCAGCCUGUAAGACCUGAACCAGCUAUUGUUUAGUGUAAACUAUGAACCAAAUGGAAUAUGAUGUGAUUUUUCAAAGGCUGUGUUAACCACAGAUCAAAUGUGGCAUUGAAAUCACUGGAGGAGAGGCAGAGAGCUGAUGCAUCCCACUUCAGCGUGUCAUCUUUACAUUGUCCCUUUCCCACCACACGAACCCCCAGGAGCGCCACUUGGUUUGUAUUUUAAUUCGCUCUCUGCCUCUGUACGCUGUUUCCAAAUUCAGACUGAGUUUUGCAAAGGAGGGGCUGCCUUGUUCCUUCUGUGCCCACCCUGGGGGAUACACUUUGCUUUUGGAGGUGUUCUUCUCCAGGAGAGUGAAGAUGACUGAAAACUUAAGAACAGAAAAUACAAACAGCACCUUGGGCCCAAAUACAGCCCUGUUACGGCCCCGAUCCAAAGCCCACCGAAGUCAAAAGGUGCCUUUCCUAUUGAUUUUGGAUGGGUUUUGAUCAGGUGCUGCCAACUGCCCAAGCACCUGCGCAUCCGUCUACGAGCACGUCGUUACCCAUGUGUUCGGCUGGUACGAGUGUUUGCUAGGGCUGCCGCUGUCUCUAAGGUUCGGUCAGUGUUUCUGCCACAAAACAGCCCCUGUUCCCAGGGAUGCGUAGCCUGGCUAUAAGUGUUUCUUUCUAGCUGAAAAGUGGGAAGCAAAUGAAGCAAUAUUUAGUUGUUGGCUUGGGGGCAGAAGGUAUCACAAACCCAUUGGCUCAUCUCUGAAUUCCAAGACCGGGAGGAGCUAUGUCUGUUUGUUCCCAGUGCUUUUAUGUCUUGCUGUAACUAAAGAAAACAUUUAUAUUUUGAAAAUGCUAUUUUACAGGCUGUUUACCCACAAAACUAGCACACAGGAUAUAAAAAGCACCGGUUUUAUAUGCAGAGUUUCCAGCUUUCCCUUAAGACGUUUCUCUGUGCAUUCCGUGUCACGGAUCUGUACGCAGCGGUGGUUGCUGCUGCUCAGCCCUGGUUGAGGUGCGCGGCUGUGAGCCGUUCGGUACAGAAGGCCAAAUUCCGCUCUCAGCCACCGAAGGGCAACAGUAAACGGGGUUGUGUAUGAUUAGAACCGGUAGUAUCAGUGGGCCCGAGUUGUUUCUGUGUUACAGGCUCUAAGUAACAAGCUGAAUUUAAGAGAUUUGCAGGGUUUUCUAAAUGAGGGGCAGCCUUUGACCCUGAAGCAUGCCAGUGGAAGACCUGUUCCAACAUUUAAUUUGUAAUAUAUUACAGUAACAAGCGAAAGAAAUGAAAGUGUAUCUUGGAAACUGUCCUGUUAACAGUUCCACUUCAGCCCACACAAGAAGGGCCGAUCUCAGCAUAGUGUUGAGGCAGAAAUGGGAGUGAAACACUGGCCCAGGUUGCCCAGAAUAGUGCCAGAGGCUGCCCCAUCCCUGGAAACAUUCGCAGUUAGGUUGGAUGGGGCUCUGAGCGACCUGAUGGAGUUGAAGAUGUCCCUGCCCACUGCAGGGGGGGUUGAACUGGAUGGCCUUCAAGGUCCCUUCCAACCCAAACCUUUCAAUGAUUCUGUGAAAUUCCUGGGUUCAAAUCCUGUGCCUGGCAAAUGCCUCGAUUUCCCCACCUGUGCAUUAAGAAUAACAAAUUUGCACUCUGUAGAGAGGUACUCCGAGGCAGGAGAAACUUAAGGCACUUUGAAAGAGAUCCUAAGUGUCGGAAAUGAAGAGAAUGAUCCAAAAGCCGUUGCUCACCCUGGCUGCUGUGCUGGUCUGCUUACGGCUGCACACCACGCUUUAGUCGCUCGGAAGGGCGGUGUGCCAGAGCAUGGGCUGCAGGAUAUACCUGGCACUAUUUCCUUCCUUUAGUGGGUUCAAGGGAACUCUUUUAACAUAAUGUGAAUGUAGUUUUGUGAUUUCUAUGUACUACCGUUUGACGUGGUACAAUUAUUUUUUAUUUUGAGGACAUUAUUUGAUGCUACUAUAACAUAAAAAUCAUAUGUGUAGUUUUAAAGUAAAUGGAGAACAACGGCUUUAAGGCACUCCGGCAGAAGUAGCAGCCAGAUUCUUAUUCAAUAUUUGCCCCUUUCUUCCAAAAUGUUUUUCUGGUGAUUUCCAGCCGCACUGAGACCUUCUACUACAUUAAGUGUUUCAUUAUGCAUCGUGAUCCAGGUCAGGAUAGGUGAGUGCAGGGUGCAGUGAGGGCAGGUGGCAGAUUGUGACCCCUCUGCUGGAGCUGGUGACACAAUUCCCCUUAAAUUCGGAUAUUACCUUGUCCAUCACACACUGCUGUGGUUCCAGGGGUACCUUGUGAAAAGCCUCUACAAAAGCUAGGGCUGCAUUAGACGUUUCCAAAGGUUCAUACCGUCAGCACUGGUGCUGUGAGUGAGCAUUCUGGGCUGGCAGUUAUGUGGUACCGGGGCAAAGAUGAUGGCUCUUUGCCAUCCUGCGCUGUGCUGACCCUUGCACAUCUGCAAACGAGGUUGAUGCUCUCGGUGCGGGUUUUCGCAGCAGAUUCCAUUGCUGCUUUGAGAAGGUGGAAAGGCCAAGACACACCACAGUGCUUAGAAGAUCUUUUUUGCUUUCAGUCACCAGAACAGCGUUAACUUCAAUGCUUGGUGGGUGGUGUUGCUGAAGAAAACUUUGUAUUGCUUGUUUGUCUCAUCCCAGCUAGCUCUGUUGAAGGAGUUUGCCUUCUGCUCCAGAGUGUCCUGGAUGGUCAGAUGCCACCUUGUACCAUAGCCCUGUCACAAAACGCAGCCUCGGCGGGUAGGGUUGCAGAGCCAGCCUGUCUUUAGGCUCAAAGUCAUCAGGAGAAAACACUCUCAACAAAGUAUCGGUGUGAUUUUCUGUCUUGCCCGAAUUCCUCCCUUCAUGCCCAACAUGUUGGGAUAGAUGGAGAGCAUGUUAGGUUGAUGGGUUUGCAGCCUGCAGUCCCCUACUUGCUUACAAAACGGGAAUGGCAAUGGAAGCAGUGUAAAGAAGUUCCCAAUAAGCUUUUGAAUCCUCUCUCCCAGGCCCGUCCAGUCGCUGAGGAGACGAGUGAGGCAGAGGGACUGCCACAGCGGCAGUAUGGACGCAGGUCAGUUAGGAAGUUUUCACUUUGAGCCCCUCAGAUCACUUCACAGAGCACAGAACAGUGACAGAAGGUGAUGACUGACACAGGACAAGGCCUGACUGAGAUUUAUAUCCUGGGUUUAAAAGCUUCUCUAGCCUCCCUCUGGCGUUUAGAGUUACUCAGAUCUCCUCCUAGCCCAUAAAAUUUUCCAAGUGUCACAAAAAUGAGGAAUUCUCAGCACCAACUAUGCUCAACAUCGUAUUUCCAGGUCUAUAGCUUGUAUUGCGACUCACUGUCUGCUGGCUUCAAAUCCCAGGGCGGGCUGCAUUAUCUUCUUGUUCUCACUAAUAUUAGCCGAUCGUGUUCGGUGGCAGACGUGAACGCGGGAUGUCGAUGAGCAGCAGGGCCAAGGCUUUAAAGCACAGGUGGGUCAGCAGCGGGUCAGGGAAGGCAGCGAGCAGCGGAGCCGUGCCUGCACGCAGCCCGAGCUGUUUGGGUUUGCCCCGUCUGCAGGAGCUCUGAGUGCAGUCCUGGUACGCAGGCGGGUGUCAAAGGCUGCAUCAUCCUGGCUGCGGGUGGUUUUCUCUGUAGUGUUCAGCCAUGCAAGCUGGAAAAAAACCACCAAGAUUUGCAAAUGAGUCUGUCUCAUCCCUCAAAGCCCCACGAGUCCCCCUCCCUGUUUUCCCCCAGGUGUCAAUUCUGCAGACUGGGUGGAGAGAGUUGUACUAUAAUGAAUAAUUUUAUAUUCAAAUAGUUUACUGAGCAUGACUUGUUUUGUACAUAUUGGAAUAUGAUUUAACUUAUUUUUAUUGCCCCUUUUCAUCUUUUUUUUUCAUAAGGAGAAGACAAAACUCCCCGCCCUCUGUCAAUGUGAAGUUCCUCCGUGUUUGUGUGUAGUCUGCCAGGCAAACACGCAACAGCCGCAGGAUUUCUCACCCUCCCUACUGCUAACUGAUCUUAUUUUUCACCAUCAUUUGUUUCUGUCUGAGCUUUUCCUUAUACCAUCUCUUCUUCCCUCUCUGCUGCACAACCUGCACAGGGAAGGGAAAGGACAAUGCAGGCAGAACUUUUCUUCCUCUCCUGUUUCUUGUAUGCUUUACAUACCAAGGAAUUCAGUUCUUACCUUCUAGGAGCUGUGUGACUGAGGGUAAAAAAAACCACUGUGUCCCCUCCCCCCCACACACCUUCCAUCUUCCAUAUUGUAGAUCAAACAGAUUCAGCUUCUCUGAAAGUGAUUGUGGCUGGAGUCAUUCCAUUGGGCUGAAUGUGUAUGGUUUGCACUUUUUUUUCCACUACAGAAACGUAAAAACCAACAACAAAUAAAAGACAACUGUUUAACUUGAGCCAAGUAACACUUUAAGCUUUAUAUAUUUAUUUAUAGCAUCUUACAAAAAAAGUGUUUUCUCUUUCCUUCCACAAGAAAAAUUGGAUUAAAAAAAAAAAAUCAUCUAAUUGUUUUUGUCUAGAUCAAGAAUGAAUGUUAGCAGAUGAAAUAAACCCUAAAACUGA